UGUCUAGAACAUCAAGAUCAUCCUAGUAUAUAAAGGCCACACUCUUUUCUUUGAUCCUUCAAUCCAUCACAAUUCACGUCAAUGGAGGACAAUUCUUUCAUCCAACAAUACCACCCCACCUUUGAUUACUCGCCCGAAUCAUGGGAUGAACUCCUGUUCCACGACAAUUCGCUCCCGUUUAAUCUCAAUGAUUCCGAAGAAAUGCUUCUUUUCGACAUGUUGGCAGCCAACCAUGGCCCAACAAUAGUUGAUCAAUCAUCAGAAUCCGAUUCCUCAACCGUCAAAGAAGAAGAAGUAACCUCGGGUUCCAAAUUGGAGAAACCCGAGAAGGAGAAGGCCUAUAGGGGAGUAAGAAGGCGUCCGUGGGGGAAAUUCGCAGCCGAGAUAAGAGAUUCUACUCGACAUGGAAUUCGGGUGUGGCUUGGAACGUUUGAUAGCGCUGAGGCGGCUGCCAUGGCUUAUGAUCAAGCCGCGUUUUCAAUGAGAGGGACCGCGGCUGUUUUGAACUUUCCUGCGGAUAGAGUGAAGGAGUCGUUGCAAGAGAUGAAAUAUGGGUUCGAAGAAGGGUGUUCGCCCGUUGUGACGAUGAAGAAACGCUACUCCAGGAGGAAGAGACCGGUGAGCCGAAAAAAUAAAAAAGUUGUUUGUUCGGCAGAAGAAAAGAAUUUAGUGGUUUUUGAGGACUUGGGGGAUGGUUAUCUUGAACAAUUGUUGACUUCUUCGGAAAGUAGUACAAUGAUUUCUUGGUAACCUGUGCAAAUUCAAGAUUUUGUUUUCAAAAAAGAAAGAAAUUUCUAGUUUAUGAUGUUAAAAUCUUGUUUAUAGAUUAUGGCUUAUGAAUGAUCAAAUCAUUGUGCCCAUUUCA